UCUCUCUCAGACUACUAUAAUUAAUUUUCUCAAACCAAUUAUUAUGGAGCCAAAAGAUGAAAGAGAUCAUUAUGUUAGCUUCUCAUCAAAGGCUAAUGGAAAAGAAGAUGAUCACACGGUGGUUGAGCUAGGUAACAUCGACAUGCAAGAUCUCCUUGAACCAGGAGAUCAUCAGACACAGCCUUAUUAUGUCAACUCUCUCUCCUCUUGGGAGAUGGACACUCUCACCGCUCUCUGUGAUACCUUCUUGCCGUCCGUUGAUGUUUCUGACGUCAGUACUCCCGAUGAAUCGAUUGUCAAGUUCUUCUCCACUUCUGCUUCCAUGGCUGGCACUCCAGAACGUGUAGGGGGAGUGAUAAGCCAGAGACUGAAACACCCAAAGAAAUGGCUGCUGCGAGUGGCGUUAUGGGUGUUGUCGACAUGGAUUGGGAGCUUUGUAUUAUGCGGGAGACGAAGCCUGUCCAGUCAAUUUCCUUACGUUCGAAGAUUUUCUCUCUUGCCUCGGCCGACAAGGGAAGAGAUUGUGUUUUCAUUGUCUUUCAGUUAUUUCUAUCUUCCAAGAAUGCUCGUCAGGGCCAUGAAACUUCUCAUUCUCCAUGUUUUCUUCACUCAGGUGGAUGAGAAGAAUGACAACCUAUCAUGGAAAGCAAUUGGUUACAGUGGACCUGAUCCGGACUACAAAAUCCAAACUCAGCAGUUGAAGAAAUUAAGAAAAAUUAACGGAUAUGGAGAAUAUGAACUUGAUGAAGAAGAUGGUGGUAAAGAUGAGCUUUGUGGGCCACUUUACAGAGGCCUCAUCAAUCUAAAAAUCCCGCGGAACAUUGCUUUAGAUACUUUGAGAAGAUUUGGAUUUCCCGUCUCAGUUAUGCCUCGCAAAACCAAUAAAAUUCCUUCCAGCAUAUCUUACCCUUCUUUGCUUAUCAAAUGUGAUGCAGUGGUGAUUGGUUCUGGCUCCGGCGGUGGUGUUGUUGCCGGAGUUCUAGCAAAGGCCGGUUACAAAGUGCUUGUUUUGGAGAAAGGAAAUUACUGUGCCAGGAACAAUCUCUCACUUCUUGAAGGCCCAACUUUUGAUCAAAUGUAUUUAUCUGGUGGUUUGGUGGCAACUGAUGAUAUGGGAAUGUUAGUACUUGCAGGGUCCACAGUUGGCGGAGGCUCUGCAAUUAAUUGGUCAGCUUCGAUUCGGACCCCUCAGCAUGUAACUAAAGAAUGGUGUGAUCGCUAUGAACUGGAACUGUUUGACAGUGAACUCUACAAAGAAGCCAUGGAUGUUGUCUGUGAAAAAAUGGGAGUUCAAUCCGAAUGCCAAAACGAAGGAUUCAACAACGCAAUCUUGAGAAGAGGGUGUGAAGAACUGGGUUAUCCUGUGAAGAAUAUACCUCGAAAUUCAGCGCCAGAUCAUUACUGCGGUUGGUGUGGUCUUGGCUGCAAGGAUGGAAGCAAGAAAGGCACCCAGGAGACAUGGCUUCUCGAUUUGGUAAAUUCCGGCAAUGGUGCGAUUCUUCCGGGUUGUGAGGCCAUCAAAGUCUUGAACAAGAGAAAGAAAGGAAGAGAUAGGAAGACAGCAAGUGGGGUUGCUUUUGAGUUUGUACAUGAAGGAGAGAAAGAGAUUUGUGUGGUGGAGUCCAAGGUGACUGUCGUUGCAUGUGGCGCCCUCAGCACGCCGGCAUUGUUGAAAAGAAGUGGCUUGAAGAAUGCAUGCAUUGGAAAGAACUUGCAUCUCCAUCCGGUGGCAAUGUCAUGGGGCUACUUUCCCGAUAAUAUAUGGCCGGAGGAAGAGAAGAAGAGCUAUGAAGGAGGGAUAAUGACAGCAAUGUCUACCGUUGUUGCAAAUUUGGAUGGGUCUGGGUAUGGGGCAUUGAUACAAACACCUUCAUUGCACCCCGGCACGUUCUCGAUGGUAAUGCCAUGGGUUUCCGGCACGGAUAUGAAAAAACGAAUGUGCAGGUUUUCAAGGACCGCCCAUAUAUUUGCAUUGGGAAGGGAUAAAGGGUCAGGAACGGUACUUUCCCAGAACUCAAUCAGUUACCAAUUGGAACCUGCCGACGAGGAGAAUCUAAAGAAAGGGCUAGAGAAAGUGCUGAGGAUAUUGGCAGCAGCCGGAGCUGAAGAAAUCGGAACCCAUCACUCGCAAGGGAAGACGUUAAACGUAAAGAAAGCAAGCUCGCAUGAGUUCGAGAGGUUCGUGGAGGAGGAAAGUUCAAGGCCACUGAGGGGCCUUUCGUCUCCGCUAUGUUCGGCGCAUCAGAUGGGGAGCUGCCGGAUGGGGGUUGAUCCGAAGAAAUCGGUGGUGAACCAGAUGGGGGAAACAUGGGAGGUGGAGGGGCUUUUUGUGGCGGAUACGAGUGUUUUUCCGACUGCUUUAGGGGUGAAUCCGAUGGUCACCGUUCAGGCAAUUGCUUAUUGCACUGCGCAGUCUGCUCUUGAAGUUCUGAGGAGGAAGAAGUGUGGAUUGCGCUAAAACUAGUUCAACUUCUUCUUCCACCCUGCUUUUUUCUGUAAUCCAAUAAAAAAAAAAAAAAAAACAGGUGUUACAAAAGCUUCAUGAACAUCCGAAAGUACGUAAAAUACCCGAAAAAAAAAAACAACACAAAAGGAAUUAUAUUUGAUAAUUAUGGUUUGUGAAAGUUUAGGCCCAUUACUAUUGGAAAGGCAUGGGUAAUGGCCGAUGGGCGUGCAUUUAUGCAAUUAUAGAACUAAUAAUCAGUAGU